UUGAGAGUUGCUGCUAACUGACACAGUAUGGUGUGAACUUCAGUUUUAGAUAUCUCUUUAUUUUACAUCACAAACGACUCUUUCUCUUUUAGGGUUUGUUUUCGGUCUUGAUGACUCAUUAUUAGCCUCUCGAUGUUUAUGUCACCGUUUUAUAUUUUUUACUAACAAUUUGGCGAAUUCUUUUUAAGUGAACAUCUAUGUGACAGAGGAUCGGUGUUACCCUGACAUGGCUGAGUUACUGCCACAACAGCCGCAGCCGGGCGAUAUAGACCCGGACUUCGAGCCUCUCUCUCGCCCGCGGUCCUGCACCUGGCCGCUGCCCCGGCCGGAGCUCAUCGACCCGGCCAGCUCCAACACAUCCUCCCCAGCACCGUCUGUGCAGCAGGAGCCAGCAGCAAACGCCGAGUUCAUCAGAAACCUCGACCUGGUGGAGGAGGACUAUAAAGAAUACUCAGAGCAGAAGCCGCUUUGCAAUGCUUUUCAGUGCCGGGAUAGCAACUGUGUGCAUCAUUACCCCCACCAACAUCAUCAUCAACACCAUCAUCAUCAGCUCCAACAGCAGCACCAGGUCCCGGGUCCACAGCUGUCGUCCCAGCAACAGGUGCCAAAUCCUGGGGUCCCACCUUUGGGUGGACCCGGGCAAAGGAAGAGCAGCUCGUCCCGGCGAAACGCCUGGGGGAACAUGUCCUACGCAGACCUGAUCACCAAAGCUAUAGACAGCUCACCUGAGAAGCGGCUGACCCUUUCUCAGAUUUACGACUGGAUGGUUAAGAGCGUGCCUUACUUCAAAGACAAAGGAGACAGCACCAGCUCCGCGGGCUGGAAGAACUCCAUCAGACACAACCUGUCCCUGCACAGUCGCUUUGUGCGCAUACAGAACGAGGGAACAGGAAAAAGCUCCUGGUGGAUGCUGAACCCAGAGGGAGGAAAGAAUGGAAAGUCACCUCGACGCAGAGCUACCUCCAUGGACAACAGCAAUAAGUUUGUCAAGAGUAGAGGAAGAGCCGCAAAGAAAAAGAUGGCUCUACAGGAAGGGCUUGAAGGAGGAGCAGGCAGUCCCAGUUCCCAGUACUCUACCUGGCUUGGAAGUCCAAACUCCCACAGCAACGAAGAUUUUGACACCUGGAAAACCUUUAGGACGCGUACCAGCUCUGAUGCCAGUACUCUGAGUGGUCGCCGUUCACCUUUCCCUUCUGAACAGGAUGAUGUGGGCGAGUCCGAUGGCCACAUAAUGUAUCCUGGAGUUGCUGGUGCUAAGAUAACCUCUACCCUGCCCAGCCUGUCUGAGGUGUCUGGAUCCAUGGGCCAGCAUCGCUCAGAAAAGGUCAUGGAUCUGCUGGAUAACCUUAACUUGCUGUCUCCUAAACCCUCCCAGCUCAGCCCUGACUCCUCACACUCCCCGCGCUCCUCAAACGCCGGCAUGCUUCAGAGUAGCCCCUAUAACUCCACUGGACUGACCCCACACCAGCAGCAAGACUACCAGAAGUGCUUGUAUAGUCAGGUGAGAAUGCACUCCCUGUCCCCUGCUCCUAUGCAGACACUUCCAGAGACUAAGCCCAGCUUUGGGGCUUACGAGAACCAGUAUAUCUUCCCUUCUGGGCUGUUGACAGGAGAACCAGACACCAGAAGGGACAUGAUGCACUCUGAAGUUGGGAGGGCAAGUUGUCCAAUACCUACUUAUAGCAGCCAAAGCCAUGUGGGUGGUCAUAAUGGAGUAAAAAUGAUGAAUCCCUCUCAGAGUCACCCACUUCCUCGUGUAAAUCCACAUACUCUGCAUAGCCAGGGUCCAGCUGCCUCACAAGACUUGAAUAGCUGUAACAUGAUACGCCUGACUAGCCAUUCAGGGCCCUCUCUUCGAAUGGCUGGUCCAAGGACGUGCAUGCAGCUCCCCCUCGGACUCCCUCCACACACUAAUGAUGCCUCAGUGACCUACGGCAGCAGCAACAGCUACAGAGAACUCAACUCUGUACACCCACACAGUCAUCAUCAUCAAGAGCACCUACCCAGUGAUCUGGACAGUGUGCCUACUGAAAGGUUUGAAUGUGACUUGGAGUCCGUCCUCCAUGACACACUCAUGGAUGGUGGGGGGCUGGACUUUAAUUUUGAUCCAGCAGCUGGGCCUCAUGGGUUUUCCCAGAGGGUGAAGACGACCACACACAACUGGGUGUCAGGGUAGCAUCGCAGAGAGGUUUUUCUCCACAUCACUCUACUGCUCACCUUCAUUCAGAGAGUGGAAUCCAAAGAAGCUUUCACCAUCAUUAUCCACAGAUCAGAAGAGGUUUAUCAGUCAUGUCCUGACGCAGAAAUAAGACGCAACCAUCACUGCAGUGAAUAUAAAACAGAGAGACAAGCCUGCAUAAGUGAACUACUUGUGAACUUGCUCUCAGCUACCUAUCAAAAACUGUAUGUAUGUUCAAAAGUAUGUAUGUUAUAAUACGUAAGAAGGAACCAGCGUAACACGAAUUUGUCUUUGUGCUACAAUCACACACGGGAAAACAAUGACUGCAGAAUGCAGAAUGACCAGUUGAUUACUGCAACUGUGUACAACGAACGCGUGAAUAAGUUCAAGUUUGAAUUUGUUGCUUCAGAGACACGCACCAGGUCUGCAACCACUUGCAGCCAAUAGCCGUAAAUGGCAAUAAGAUGGAGUCAGUUUGCUAUCAGGUUGGAGGAGGUCAAGCUGGCAAUUACAUGCAAUUUGUCUGCGAGAAUAUGGUAAUUAACUGUGAUAAAUCUGUUGCUGUCUACAUUAAACAGGUUUUUACACAAACUACUUACAUUCAGAGUCAAGCCAGAAGCUCGUAGAUUUGAAACAGAAAUUGUGAUGUAGCUGCUGCAAUUUAAUUGCAAAAUGACAUAGGUGCUUGUCAACCUUGCUGUUAUAUAGGAACAUAACGAGAAUAGAACCAGUUGGGUUUAGUCCUCUUUUGCAAAGAAACUGAUUUGUGUCUCAUCAGUGCAGACUGACUCAAACUGAUUAUGAUAUGUUGUCAGUGUGUCUGCAUUUAUAAAUCAGAUGACAAUUAUUUGCAAACCUUCUGCAAUCCGUGAGAGUAAUAGCAGUUAGAGUCCGACAAUGGUUGUUUGGUGACAGAUUUCCUCCCACCAGGCAAACUGCAAGCACCGAGAGGUUGAGUGCUGAACCUCUGAGCAGCCACUUAGUUACCACAAGUACUUGCAAUUGGUUUUCAACAGUAAAAAAAAAAUUUGUGUGAUCACCAGGUAAUUACCAUUCCUUUCUAGUUGCAAUGAGGUUGCAGUCUUAUUUUUACUCUAGCAUGAUUAGUGUAAAAGCUGUUUAGAGGCAUUUUGUUAAAAGGUACACUGGGAACACAAUAACUCUAUUUUCCAACACACAUUACUUUGUAGAUCUUGAAAGAUGAUUUAAAAAUAGUUCUUCACUUGCUACCCUGUGGUGCAAGGAGACAGCAUCAUGUAGGGUAACUAUGAAGGCAAGACAGACAAAGAGGCAUCUUCACCAAGAUGAAUCUUUCCACAUUAAAAAAUAAGUUACAUUAUCAAAUAGUGGCAUUUGAUCAAUUUUUUGAAAUUACAAGAACAAUUUGGAAAAUUAGCACCAGAUUCUUCAAAAGAGGACUUGAUAGCAUGUAAUCAGUAUAGUAUAUGAUUAUGACGCAAAUUAGUAAAGUAUUUCAGCUUUAAGAGAUUAUAUUUAGAAAUGUGUUUUAGGAACCAGCCAUCAACAGCAAAACAAUUACACUGUCAACCAGGAGAAAUCAUUACAGUUAACUGAUAAUCAAUAGAUAAAGUAGUGUAUCGUCUGAUCAGUAAUACCAAUUACAUUAUAGAGGAAAAGCUGUGUAUUGGAAAAAAGUGUAUAUCCACAAAAAUAUACCUCUGCAUAAUCACCACAUACAAAUUUAUGAAUCAAAUUAUGUUGUGAAGAACUUCAGUUGAGUAUCAGCUAUAUGUUCUCACUAUCAGAUGUGAUUAGAGACCUUGAAACAUGAGCUACACCAAAAUUGUUGCAGACCUACAUUUUAGUAGUUGACGAAUCUGCAAAUUUUAUUUUUUUGAUUAGUCAGCAAUUAUUUCAAUAACUCUCAACUUCACUUCAAGUCUGCCGUUGUAGCCCCACCUGAAACUAUAAAUAGGACAUUUAUAUACUGCAUGUUUUGCUUUUUAUUGUAAUCUGUUAAUUCUCGAUUUUGAACUUUGUGAAUCAUAUGUUUUGUAUAAUAUCCUGUAUGUAUUGUAUUGAGAUGGCUGCAGUUUCUUAAUCUAAAUCUAAGAGAAGGCUCAUAUAUAGAUCUCCACCAAUGCAAAUGUUCUAUUUUAUGUUAAUGUUGUUUUAAUGCAGUUUUUAACAGCAUUAAAACAAUUCUAGAGAAUUUUAGUGUUUGGAAAUACCUCUAAAUACUAAUGCUUUUUAAGUUUAUUUGGCCUCUUGGGGGGAAAGGUUAUCAGUGUAACAAUCACUGCAACAUAUAUUCAGUUUUUUACAGGAUUACAUGGACACUGUAAAUUCUACCAUGCGUUAAACAUUUCUGUAAAAACUGUACUGGAUAAUUUAAAGAGUGAAAUGUGUUUUUCAUGACUUUCUCAGAUCAAAAGGAUAUUUUUGGGAAUGUGAGGUUGAUUAAAAGGCCGGUAGUAGUGAAAUCCUAAAAUAGCUGGAAAUAUGUAAUGGUUGAUGAAACUUAACCAACAUAGGCAAGUGUUUGCUGCUUACUUCCAGGCAGCUUCAUAUGUCACCAAAGACACAUUGUAAAAAAAAGUGCCAAUUUAUUGUGUUAACAUCAUCUCGCAAACUUCUGUUGUACAUAUUUUAUUUAGUAUUACAUUUUUUUUUGUAUUUUGACCUCUUAAUUGUUGUAGUACUGAACCCUUAUACAGCAUGUAUGAUUGUGUUAGACAAGGUUGUUUACAUAUCACAGUGCAAACAAUAUCAGUGGCUAUAUGAACACUCAUACCUCAAAAUUUUACCUCUGAAGUGUUGAAGGAACAUUUCCUUCCAAUUUUCUUCACUGAGUAUUGUGUAUUUGAUUUGUCUUCAUCUCAGAGUUUUGAUUUUGUACAUAUUUUUUCAUAUUUCAUUAUUUCUGCAACAAGUUAUAUAAAUGGGGACCUCUUUACGGAUCUCUCUAUAUAACAUCAGGAUUAAUUAAACCUAAGUCAUUUGAAAGAUUUAUCAUUGACAAAACUCGCUGAAAAGUAUUCUAUCACAUUAAUUUAAUUAUGUUGUUGAUUAAGAGGUCUGUCAUAUCAAAAUAAGUAUGUCCCAGGACUAGUUUAACAUAGUUUAAAUAGUUUAACAUUACCUUAUGAAGAUUUUUUGUAGAAAUGUUUUGAGCCUGCUAUAUUUAAUUAGGAAAAGGGU